ACCUCCCCCAGACUUAAACUACAUUUUUCCCAGUGUAAAUUCAGUCAGAGCUAUGGUGAUAAUAAAUCAUAAGUACUCAAUGUAAUGAGUUAGAACGAUAUACCAGACCGGAAUGGAUGUCGACCGAUGUAAGGAUGUUGAUAUCGGUCGAUGCAGGUAUUGUUCUGUCGAUCGAUGUCGACAGUGUCUCAUCGGGCGAUACUAAGGACAAUCGUCUUCUCGGAUCUGUUUUUGUUUCUUUUUUUAUUUUUAUGACCUGCAAUAAGUAAAAACCAACAUAAAUAGUAUAUUAAUUAAAACUAAAAAAAUAUUACCUAAUAGUGGGUUGCCUCCCACUCAGCGCUUUGUUAUAGUCAUUUAGCUUGACUUUGGAGGUGAUUGGGCUAGUGAUGUUGAAAGUUGGCACUUGUUGGGAAACAAGUCUCCAUAUCUUCUUUGCGCUUGUUGAACCAUGUACCAGUGAAGUCUCUUGAUAGACCAUGGAUUUUACCCACUUUUAGCCAUGGUAUAUAAGUGUUUUAAUAACUAAUUACUACUAUAUAGAGUCUAUUUAGAGUAUUUACAGGUUCAGGUACGUUCUGGAGAAAUAUAGUGAUUUUGGAGCCUUUUGAGGUGCAGAACUACACAGGCGAGUCAGAUAUAUAGCUACGGAUGGAAACCAUCCCACCGUUAGAUUGAGCCCAUCUUUUGGUAAAAGAUCGAUCAUUGAGUUAGCUUUACAAUGCCACCGGUUUGAGGUCAAUCAUCAUCCUGUAGCAGACGUUAUGCCCGUUUUACUGAAAAGUAGUCAGUCUGCCUCGCGAGAGGAAGCUGUCGAGGAGAAGAAGGACUGUAGAUCGAUGUUGAUGCAUUGGUGUCGAUCGACAUUGAUGCCAGAAUAUGGGCUGAGCAUAUUUUAUGACCGCUAAAGCCCAGAAGCAACCCCAAAUUACCAGAAUGCCCUUGGACGACCAGAAACCCUAUUUAUGUUAUUUAUGAGCCAUUGUUGACAGCUACACGCUAUCUAAGCUUUCUUUGAUUCUUGUUCUUAGUUAGGAGAGAAAGAAGGAACUCCUUCAGAGUCCUCCUGGAACUCCUUUGGUUUCUUGAUUGCUUUUAUAUCUAUUCUAUUGCAAUUUCUUAUCUAUUCUUCUAUGAUUUUCUGUGACAACUUCAUGUCUGAAUAGAUCCACCUGUUAGGUUUAGGGUUCAGAUAGGAUGAAGGAUUAGCCCCAAAUAUAGAUUGCUAAGUUGUUAGGAUGCCCAUCAAUUGAUUUGCACUUAUUGCUUGUGUUCUAUAGUCGUGAACUAGAACCAUGAUGUUAGGAUGAAUAGGCGCACGCGAGAGCAUGGUUUAUCUCCUGAAUAAUUCAUAUUGUGCUAGGAUUCCUAGAGAAAGACGAUAGUUGAUCUAGGAACAUAGUGAACAUAGUUCAAACCUGCUCGGUAAAGCUCGCUAGAAGGAUCGUCUAUCGACAACUCGGUAGUUGUAUCGAUCGACGGUCUGAAAGGUGUAUCGAUCGACAUUUCUAUCAAAUCGUCGAUCGAUAUUUUCUACAGAUCAACAUGCGAGAGUUGAGAUCUUAGAUCUAGUGAUAGAUAAUCUAGACAUGCGAGAGCUGGGUAGAUUAUUGUUAUUGUUUGAGUUCUUGUGCAUCCAACAAACAUCUUAUGCAUCUAUAUCAUUAUAAUCCUAAUUUCAUGAAUAGAAACCCUAGAUCUAGCAACCCAUACUUCCAUUAAACAACUCCCUACCAAGCUGAACAAUUGUCUUGUUCAACUUGUUUAUUGCUUAUUUACUGCUUUAUAAACCAUUAGCCUAGCUUAAUCAUAAACUGUUUAGAUCUAAUUGGUUCCCUAGCUCCCUGUGAAUUCGAUCCCUAAGUACUACAAUUCGACCUCUUAUUUGAGAGAGUAUAAAUCACUCCUUAGGGUAAUUUGAGUGAUAUCAAAUUUGGCGCCGUUGCCGGGGAGCUUUGAUCGCCAUUAGAUCUUAUCUAGUUAGAUUUAGUCUAGGUUUUACUACUGUUCAAAAAAACUGAUAAAAUUUUUUCUUUUGUUUUAGGUACAAACAUCUUAGUACCAGGAACAACAAUGAAGAGAGGAUUUAUGGGUUCUUCAAAGAAGGAGUCUGCUGAUUCACUCACGAUCCUUAAGUCUACGAGGGAAGAAUCGAUCGACACCCUCCAAGCAGCAUCGAUCGACAACGUGAACCAAGCAUCAAACGAUACUAUCCAACUUGUGUCGGACAACACUGUUCAUCUCGACACUAUUCAUCAUGCGUCGAUCGACACUGUUCAUCUCACGUCGAUCAAUACUGUUCAUCUUCUGUCAAUCGACACUGUUCAUCUCACGUCGAUCGAUACUGUUCAUCCGAACACUGUUUAUCGUGACACUGUUCAUCCGGACACUGUUCAUCCCGACACUGUUUAUCCGGUGAAAAACAACACCACUUGCGGGGAGACAGAGAAGAUCAAAGUGCUCAUACUCAAAGUCAACGAGAAUGAGAUGUUAAGAGACGAAGAAUGUCGCACUCGCAACAGCGCAGGACAAUUAAUUAAUGCUCAGGGUGCUGUGAUCUAUGAUGUGAUUGUUGUUGCUGAGAUGAAUGACUUUGACCUGAGCCGAGACUGGUACGAUUGGGUUGGUCAAGACUCCUUCCAGGGUCUUCCUCACCAAGAUCCUAGAAACCACAUCGAAGAGCUUGAGGAUCUUGUGUCAAGGAGUGAGCAGAAUGAAGUGUCUGAACACCACAUGCUCUGCAUGAUCUUCCCCUAUUCUAUUUCUGGGGAUGCAUUCAGCUGGUUCAGUCAACUAAAGCCAGGAUCUCUAACCAGCUGGGAGAACAUUGAAAGAGCAUUCCUUUACAAAUUUCUUGAUGAUGCUGAGGCAAUUCGAGAAAAGGAGAAAAAUGAUAAAUGGGACAGGUUCUUGGCAUUGUUAGAUGAGGAGUAUAUGAUUCCAAUACAGGUGCUCGACGACAUUAUGGCAAAAAGGGAUGAACAACAUGGAUUUGGAGAGCCGAGCAAAGUAGAAGAAGCUGAUACAAGUGAUCCGACUGCAGCAUCGAUCCGAGCUAAGGCCUCACGCAAUGCUGACUCCAAACAUCUGAGACCACUUAUAUGCGAAGAAGAAGCUGCUGGGUUUCACAAAAGAGUGAAGAGGAAACAUGAUCUUGUGAAGUUUGUGGUUUCAUGCUCUGUAUUUAAAGCUGAAUCUCCUAUUCCACCUGAUAGAAGUAUGCAGUUCAACUCUUACAAUGAGGUAUUGGAUGAUCAUCAGCACGUAGAAGCUUCUCAGAGAGGGUUGCGAUUUAUAGAUGAAGUCGAUAAGGGCCCAGCAGAAGCAGCAUGGUUCGACACCGACCGGAUACCAUCGGUCGACAUUGACCAGAUACCAUCGAACGACAUCAACAAGCCGGCAUCGAUCGACGCUACCACUUCUCCAUCGAUCGACACUGGAUGCGUAUCAGAGCCGAAUAAAUUCGAUGUGUGUGGAAAUCUUAGGGAUGGAGAUACCACAACGCGAUCAGACAAGUCUGGGGGAAAGAAGAGGAUGAAUUGGAAGAAGAGAAAAAGGAUCAAGGACGGUCCUCAGGUAUCAUUGGUCCCUCACUUCUCAGAUGGUGUCAGGAAAUCUAGAGUGCGCAGCAGAUGCUUCUCACAGCCAUUUGCAAAGCUUCGAGCACUCUUUAUUGCCGAGAUGAUAGACAGAGGAUAAGAGUCUAUGGAGGAAGCUUUCACACAAGAAUGAUAAAGCUUCAGAGAGCAGACAUUGAAACUUGUUUUGGAACAUGUUCUCAUUCUCAUCUGGACUAAAUAAUAUUUCCAAAGUUAAGCUAAAUGACUAUAACAAAGCGCUGAGUGGGAGACAACCCACUAUUAGGUAAUUUCAUUAAGUUUAGUUUAGAUUGUUAUUGAUUAAAGUUUUUAUUCAUUGCUGGUUAAAAAAAAAAAUGGAUGAACAGUAAUGACGGUAGUGUAGCAACUGCACUGUAGCAUAUGCACUGUAGCAUCGAUCGACACUGUAGCAAGGAAAUCGAUCGACACUGUAGCAAGGAAAUCGAUCGACACUAUAGCAAAUAAAUCGAUCGACGCUGUAUCAGAAAAUCAGGAGUUACUGUAGCAGCGUUACUGUAGCAGAACACUGUUCAUCGAAAAAAAGAAAAGUUAUGUUUUGUUAGUUAUCUUUUACUGACUUUUAAUGUUUUGUUUAUGAUAGGUAAAAGGAAAAAGAUCCAAGGAAGAAGAGUUGAUAUACCAACAGCGAUCAACGACAACAGGCCAUUGUCGGUCGACAGAGCAUCACGAGUAUCGAUCGAUCGCCACUUAACUGUGUCGAUCGACGCUCACCAUCAGCGAUCAGGAUCGGACUUGGACCGUGGUAAAGGAAAGGCACCGUGAGGAUUCAAGCCAUGGGAAGAUGUGUGGUGAAUGGGUCUUUAUUGUUAAGUGUGAAGUAUUGAUAGCCUAUUUUGCAAACUGUGAACUUAUAAUAGACUAAGUGUGUACUCUAGUAGUAUGUACCCAUGAAUGAUGUAUGGAUCUCAUUUAUUAUAUAUACAAUCGAUUUGCCCCU